AUUCCGUCCUUUUGCAAUGGAGAUCAUCAGGUCGAAGUCGGUUCCCGUUCUACUAAUGUACGUUGUCUCUGUUUUCUUCCUGAUGAGCAAUAAUAAUGUUGGUCAGUCCUCCGCCACUGCAAGUACUCCUGAAUCUCCACCACCGAUGUCCGACUGUACUAAUCUAGUACUGGAAAUGGCCGAUUGCUUGUCUUACGUCUCCACCGGAAGCACCGAUAAGAAACCACAAGGAACUUGCUGUUCAGGUAUCAAAACUGUUUUGAAAAACAAUGCUCAGUGUAUCUGCUUCGCUUUCAGAAACAGCGCUCAAUUCGGAGUCACUUUGAAUGUUACCAAGGCCAUGACUCUUCCCGAUGUCUGCCGUCUCUCUCAUCCACCUCUCACCAAUUGCGAUAUUAGCGUUGGCGUUCUUGCUCCAGCGUUGGCUCCUGAUAGUUCUCUUGGACCAUCAACAUCAUCAUCAUCAGCUACUGGUGCUGAGGCUCCUAGUCCAAUUUCAGGGGCAAACGAGGUUAACCCAACCCAACUGCCUCUAGGAGGAGGAAAAAGCUCAGGUUCGACAAUACUCUCUUUCUCCUCUGGAUCAUCACUAGUUGUUGUUAUUCUCUCUGCAAUAAUGCUACUACUACAAUCAUCGUCUCUUCUUCUGUGAGAACUCCUCCUUUGCAAAGCAUGAAUUGAAUUUUGUUGUGUUUUCUUACUUCCAUGUUUUGUUUUGAGGGAGGGAAGGAAGGAAACAUGUGAGAUAUAGAGUUGUAGGAUGAUCCAUCUCUUAUGCUAUAUAUAUUUUGGGUGUUAUAACACACUUGUUGAGGAUGAUGAUGAUGAAUGGUAUAUUUACUCUUGAAUGAAACUCAUUGCUAUCAUGAUUUUGGUUACUCCAUAGUUAAUUAAUCUACUUUUUUUUUU